AUGGCGGCGGAAGACGACAGCAAGGAGAUGAACCAACGGCCGGUGGGCGACAAGGACCGGGACCGGCACCCGAAGGCGGAACAGGAUUGGCAAACUUCAGGGCAGCAUCUGGCAAUCUGCAGUGCUGCAGGCCAGCGAAGCUAA